AUGGCUUCGGAAUCUCUUGUCCUUACUUCAUACGAGGAAUAUCAUGACAACAAUGACAUCACAGUCGGAACCAUCAAAUGUACGGCCGCGAUCCCCUUUGGAGGCGAGGAGCAGUGGAUGUACCUACCGGCCACAAAGAAGUUCGACCUGUCCAGAGGCUCUGACAAGAAGAUGGUGUUUGAGUGUGACGAACAACUCCGCAACCAUUCUGGCUUCAUGAUUGAUCCGGACACCUCAGUGUUGAUCAUCGUCGACAUGCAGAACUACUUCAUUAACCCAAUGUAUCGAGAUCACGCCGCUGGGAUCGCUGCAAUCGAACCAACCCUCAAGGUUAUCGAACGAUGCAGAAGGGAGGGCAUCCAGAUAGCCUGGCUCAACUGGGGCAUCACCGAACAGGACCUCCGCCUCAUGCCCCCUGCUGUUCAACGUGGCUUUUGCAAGGGCCUGGGGUGGCACAUUGGUCUUGGUGCUCAGCUCCCAAACAACCAAGGCAGAUGCCUUUUCAAACGCUCCUGGAACGCUGAACUCUACGACCCGUUGAAAGCUGUUGUUCAACCCGGCGAUCUCUUCUUCGACAAGUCACGCAUGAGUGGAUUGUGGUCUACCAAAGAGCCACUACAUGAGUACCUGGUGGCGUCAAAGAAGCAGACGCUGCUUUUUGCUGGAGUCAAUACCGAUCAAUGCGUCUUUGGAACCGUUUCUGACGCGUACUCUUAUGGAUGGGACUGUGUUCUUCUGGACGACUGCACUGGUACCAUGACGAGCACAUACGCUCAAGAGCUCUCCGAGUAUCAGAUCUCUACCAAUAUGGGAUUUGUGACGAGCAGUGGCUCAUUCGUUGAGGCGAAGAUCUUGCUCAAGAAAGCAGAAAUCAUCCCAACAGUGAUCGAUGACUUCCUCCCAAGCCUCACUCUCUCGGUCUCAUGGUCAAAGAACGAUGCCGAGCUGGGCAACACCGUCAAGCCCAAACGUCUCCAACAUCACCCUUCAAUCACCCUCCAUGACAUAACCAGCUCCGAACUAUCCACAGCUACAAACAUGAGCUAUGUAGUCACGCUGACGGACCCCGAUGCGCCAUCACGCGACGAUCCCAAAUGGAGUGAAAUGUGCCAUUGGAUAGCCACUAACAUCUCUCUCGCCGACCGGAAUCUGAUCAUCCCUGCCAAGAAACAGCAUCUAGAAGACGUGAUUGAAUACAAGCCGCCCGGCCCUCCGCCCAAGACCGGCAAGCAUCGCUAUGUCUUCUUGGUCUUUGCACCAAAGAACGGAACGACGGAGCCAUUGUAUUUGACCAAACCGAAGGACCGCCAGCAUUGGGGCACGGGAUCGGAGAGAGGUGGAGUGAGAGACUGGGCGCAGGUCAAUGGCUUGGUGCCUGUCGCGGCGAACUUCAUUUAUUCAAAGAAUAAGAAGCAGUAG